CGCCCUGACGAACCGGACCAAUUGGAAAUGUCUUCUUAACUGUGAUCUUUUUCUAAGACUCAGUGCAGUGUAGGGUUUUACACCAGCCUAUCUUACCUAAUUUCUCUUCCUCCCCAUCUCACUCGCUUCAGGUUAGAGCUUCCAAGGUGGUGAACUUUCUGGAUGUCAUGCAUGCCGUAAAGGGUGGUUGGGUUGGGCAAACAUUUGCCCUAGCUAGAAGCAAUGAGUCUGAAGGAAGGAAGUCCCGAAUUAGGCUUUCCAAGAAAGAGAGGAAGGCGAUGGUUGAGUCCUUUAUAAAGAAGUAUCAAGCGUCAAACAAUGGGAGUUUUCCAUCACUGAAUCUUACCCACAAGGAGGUUGGUGGGUCUUUCUACACAGUUCGAGAAAUUGUCAGGGAUAUAAUCCAAGAAAAUAGGGUUUUAGGUCCUGCUAAGUUAAGUGGAGAUGGCAAUGGCACCGAUCAGUUGGAAGAAUACCCACUGGGUUCAAUUGCUAUAGCUCCUCAAUAUCAUUUGACACAAUUAUCAAAUGGAUCUCAAGUAAUGACAAAUGAAUACCAUGGAUCUAAUGAAGAACCAAAUUUGGUUUCUGAUGGACAUCAUGCUGUACUUGAAGAUAAGGUGUUUGACAAUGGCCAAGUCAUCAAUGUUACUAUUGAGAGAGGAUUGAGUGAACCAAAAGAUGUAGAGACGCAAGGGCAUGAAUUUAUGGAAUCGGAGCAGAAUAGUGAUGAUCAAUCUAGCAAGGAAGCAGGUUUAGUUUCUGAUGGGAAUUAUGCUUGUCCUGGACAGGAGGUGGUUGACAAUGAGAAUGUCAUCAAUGGCAUUCCGGUUGGUGCGAGGCAUAUAGAAUCUCAGGAACAGAAUCUAUCGGAUCUGCAUGCUAGCAAACCUUCUGAAGCAGAGAAUGCCGAAGAAUCAGCAGCUUCUAGGUCUAAAGUGACACCUAUAGCAGCAGAUGUAAUAGUUGAGACAUUUCCUAUGAGGCCUGCUGCUACGACAGGUGAGUUUGAUGGAAGGUCCAAUGAACUAACGAAUGUAACACAUUCUUUUGGUAGACAAGACCUUAUAAAAGUGGAUCUAGCAACUGAUAAUGGGAGUUCUCAGACAGAUAGAAUAGAGUCUUUAAAAAGUUUUAGCUUGAUGGACGAGGAAAAAGUGACAAAUCUUUCUAAUGAUUUAGGUGAUAAAAUAUCUGGGUUAGUCGGUGCGGAAGAAUUGGAGAAAUACAGAGAUCCAUCAUUGGAAAGCUCAAAAAGCUCUAACAAGGGUACUGGACAAGAAAUUCACGAUUUGAAUGGCAACGAGGUUAAAUUAUCUAGCACUGAUGUAACGACAGUAACUCUUGAGAAAAGCCAGGCAAUUUCUGGAGCUAAGGCUGUAAACACUCCAAAUGGCAUCAAUGUGAAGUAUAUUGACAACAGAGGUGGUACGACUGAGCAUUUGAAAACUGAGCAGGAGCUGAAUGAAAAUGAAGUUGAUGCUCAACAAGGCGACAAGCCCCAGAAAGGAAGUAGUCCAACUUUAGAUAGAAUUAAUCUUGAAUCUUGGGGAGGAAGGGUCUCAAAGAAUCCUGGAAAACCAGAAGGUAACAACCCUAUGUGGGCCGUUUUUAAGGCGUUUAUAGAUGCCUUUGUGAAGUUUUGGUCUGAAUAAUGUUUCUGAUGCGUAAAAUUUUGUUGCUAUGCUCAUGAAUUGAUUGUAUAUCUGAUAGAAUGAUGUGCAUUUCACUCAAUGACCCUGCUUUUGUCUUUAGAUUGUUGUGAUCUUAAUCAUUUUCUCUUCUACUUGAUAUGGGUCUGGUAACUGGUAUCAUUGUCUAUUGGCAGUUGGCAUUAUGAUUACUUAGAGAAGCACUUGUUUUCAAGUGUA